GUGACGUUGCUCCAAAUAUUUGACAGGCAAUUGUCUCCUUGUAGGUGGAAAGAUGACAAUUUUUGUUUGCUUUGAUUUAAAAAUUCGAAUCAUGCUGCAUUCCCCAUCGCUUCCAUACACUUGAUGGGUUUUGGUUUGUUUGUUUUCUUUUGAACGCUGCAGUGUCUUUCAAUUGGGGCAAACUUUUUUAGCCCCAGUGAAGUUCCCGGAUUGGAAUGCGAUGCGGAAGCUAGCCAGGCGGCUAACCAUGGACCAAGAGAUGGACGCUUGCGACUUUUUCUAAUAAUCUCUGCUAAGUAAGAUAACUUGACAUGCUCAACAUUGUUAACCCCGUGCUUAAAACUAUCGAACUGCGUCAGUGUUUGAAUCGCUACGUCCACGCCCUGAGCAUGUCAGCUGGCCAAAACAUGAUUGCUUUCUUGUCCAAUAAAUCCCCCUCACUUUUCGACGAGGGGCUUUACAUGCUGGCUUUACCUGCAUAUUGCAUACGUAAAUAACAUAAUGGUCAACAGUUAGACUAUUAGCCAAGAUUCCGACCUCUUCAGUAAAGAAAUGCUACAUUAUACAUUAUACAGCACCAACAUCCGGCGGUAGAGCAUUAAGAGUACACGACACUCUGCAGCCAAGAUUCCUCGUCAGUUGCAUGGGAAAAUAAGCAAUGGGUGGCUCUGUGUCCUGCUGCAUAUCUCCGGGAGAGAGUCCCAAGAUCCGCAGGAGGGAGGUGGAGUUGGAGGAAUGUCCUUUUACGACAGAGGAUGCAAGCGAGGACACUGGGACCUACUUGCAGCACAUCAGUGACAGAGAGCUCCCUGAUGAGCUGGCACAAGAAGCCAACCCAUCAGACCACCCCAGAGCGGGCACCCUCUUCCUCAACAAGUCUCAAACCGAUGUGCGAGAGAAAAGAAAAAGCACCUACACAAACCAUAUGUCUCCUGCCCUCCUGACAAAGAAGUACAGCUCUUGCUCCACCAUCUUCCUUGAUGACAGCACAGUCAGCCAGCCGAACCUCAAGAACACUAUCAAAUGUGUGGCCUUGGCAAUAUAUUAUCACAUCAAAAACAGGGAUUCCAAUCGCUCGCUGGACAUAUUUGAUGAAAAGAAACAUCCUCUGUCUCGUGAGAAAGUUGCAGACGACUACUCCGUGGUGGACCCUGAGCACAGGCUCAUUUACCGCUUCAUACGCACCCUUUUCGGCUCGGCUCAGCUCACCGCAGAGUGCGCCAUUGUGACAUUGGUGUACUUGGAGCGGCUGCUAACCUAUGCAGAAAUUGACAUUUGUCCUUGCAACUGGAAGAGGAUUGUCUUAGGCGCCAUCCUUCUGGCUUCCAAAGUCUGGGACGACCAAGCGGUAUGGAAUGUCGACUACUGCCAGAUCCUCAAAGACAUCACUGUGGAGGACAUGAACGAUAUGGAGCGACACUUCCUUGAGUUGCUCCAGUUCAAUAUCAACGUACCGGCCAGCGUCUAUGCCAAGUACUACUUUGACCUGCGUUCGCUCGCCGACGACAACAACCUUGGUUUCCCCUUGGAGCCACUCAGCAACAAGAGGGCGCAAAAGCUGGAGGCAAUCUCUAGGCUGUGCGAGGACCGGCACAAGAACCUGAGCAAAUCCACUUUGAAGAGGUCUGUCAGUGCAGACAACCUAAUUGGCAUAAAGAACUCAAAGGCAGUACUGUCCUAAUUUUGCAGCAGCUGUACCAGAACCAGUAAGGACGUGAAACACCAUCAUGGAUGAUGUUUAUAGUAGCGCUAGUUCUAAAAUUCAGUGAAAUCCUUUGGCGAUUUCAAAGGGGUGAAUGCAACCAGCAUGAAGCUACACAAACAUUUGGACGCAACGGUGGUUGUGGUUCCUCACUUGGGAACAUAAGUAGACUGUGGCUUGCUUACCAUGUAGGCAAUUGUGGAUGUAAAGUGUAUCUCAUAAUGAAUAUUGGAGAUUUUGGUGUCCAAGUUUGCUGACUUGUGCUUGUGUGUUUCAUGCAAUGAGGUGUCAGGUAGGUAUUUAGCUCCCCUGAAAACACAGAAUCUUUCCAUUACUACUUUAGUCUGAUUUCGAUGCACUAUUCUAACAUCUGAAAAACUUUCUGUUUGCCAUUUUCAAAAAAAAGCGAGAAAGCAGUUGCCACACAUGGACAUUAGGAAGUCCAUAGCAAACUGAGUUAAUCCAUCUCUCAGAAGAAAGUUUCAGAUUCAAUUUUUUGUCUUUGUGCAAGCGAACUCUGGUGCUUGGUUACUGGUGCAUUGCGCUGUUCUGUGGUGCUUCGUGACAAAGUACCGUGGUACCUGGGUGCGCUCCAUCUUCAUUAGGGUCAUCAACACUCGCAACAUGCACUUCAACGUGGGGCUUCUGUCGCUGCUCAGAGGAGCUGUUCAGUCGAUACGACGUCUGUGCAAUGCACUUACAACUAAGCGGCAAGUGACAUUCUCCUGGGAAGGGAACCGUCUUGCCCUCAUCUGUCAUCAUCACAUUGUGUGUGCUGACCAUCUGCUACUGCUACGCCGGCAUGUACCCGA